CAAAGUCGAUCUCCCAAGCAAGCUACCAAUCCGCCAUAGAUAGCUAGCUAGCUCGUGCAAGAAGAAUCAAGCAUCAAAACAUGGCGGGAAAGGCACAGGCGCUGCAGCUGCUGGUCCUGCUGGCGAUCUCCCUCGACUCCGCCGCGCGGGGCGCGCACGCCAUCUGCAACAUGUCGAACGGCGACUUCAGGCUGUGCCAGCCGGCGGCGGCCGUGGCCGACCCGACGGACAGCCCGUCGGCGGAGUGCUGCGCCGCGCUGGGGAACGCCGACCUCGCCUGCAUCUGCCGCUACAGGGGCGUCGCCGGCUUCUGGAUGAGGAUCUACCACAUCGACGCCGCCCGCGCCAUGGCGCUGCCCGCCAAGUGCGGCCUCGCCAUGCCCGCCAACUGCUCCUGAUCUAUCGAGUGAUCAGCUCCGAUGAUCAUCAUUUCGCUACUAAUUUCUGCAAGAAAUGCUAGCUAAUUAAUUACGACGUAAUACGGCUGAAUAACGCUUGCUGCAAGAGCAAGUGUAAAUGAUAUCAUUGCUGCGUAAUGUAUCCAUAUGAACUCAGGCGUGCAUAUAUAUGUCUCAAUUCGAUCUUGUUUUGGUAUACAUAUGUAAGUGUGUGCAAGUGUUGUUGGCAAGAAGCCAUUUAAUGAUGUAAUGUGUCCGAUAUA